GCUAGUUUCCCAUAUAAACUUAAAGCUUGACUCGCCUAAAGACAAUGAGUCAGGAAGUAAAUUCGGAAGAAGUCGUCUAUAACCCCUUGACCAUUUACCUGUUUGAGUUAAAUAAAGAAAAUUUAUCUUGGCUUCCGGUUUUACAAAAACCAUUUUCUAUUAUUUUUUUAAGAAAUAAAGUAUUAAACACGACUAGAAUUGUUGCCGCUGAAAAUGUGACAAAAGUUUUGGAUUAUACUGUAUCCCCUAAUUCUCAAUUUAAAAAAACUUCUACCACUUUUGGGCAAUGGAAAGACCAAGUUAAUAACCAACUGUAUGGCAUAAAGUUUACUAACGAAGAUGAUUUAAAUAAGUUUGUAGGAUGGUUCCAAGAAUCCGAAGAGUUAGCAGCAAAGGGCCCCUCUUUACCUUUUGAAGAUAUACCAAAGCCAGAUUUAGAAAGUUUACAGGCUGAUACUUUUGAAAAAGUCAGUGCUGUGACAGAAGCAGAACACCCUUGGAGACCUGCUUCCUUACCAACGGAGUUAUUACUCCCUUCAACAGAGAAAAAGUGUACGUUCUUAAAACAAUCGUUUCUCCAGGAAGACUUAUAUUCUACAGGGGAUCCUUCAACCGAAAUCGAUUUAGAGGAGGCGUACUCCUCCGAUCACGAGACACUUGAGCGCCAAGCUUUACGCUAUGAGAUGAACGAAUUGAUCAAGGAGGGCGAUUACUUGAAAAAGGGGCUUCAAAUAAGUCUGAUAAACGCAGAAAAGUGGGAAAAAGAAUUAAAAAAGUCAAGUGCUAACAAAAAUCUUCUCCUGAAGUAUAUGAUUUGCCACGUGGAGGCAUUAGUAAAAUGGAAAAAAACUCUUGCCGAACAUAAAGAGACCAAAAAAAAAGUCACAAAGCUGCUUAAAGACUUGUCCAGAGUCUCCACUAAAAUAAGCACCUGCCUAAUAGACUAAUAAAAUACAGCCGUUUAAGCUUGA